UUGCGUUUUUGUUCAGGUCGAUGGCCAUCGUCGUCGUACUGCGACAAAUCGAAAGAGCAACUCAUCGAUCAUGAGGAGAAUAACGACGAAGAGCGCGUCGAUGGCCAUCGUCGUCGUACUGCGACAAAUCGAAAGAGCAACUCAUCGAUCAUGAGGAGAAUAACGACGAAGAGCGCGUCGACCUUCGAGGCCGACGACGAUCGCCACUGGGAACGGAACGACGACGGAAUGCGUCCGCCGCCGGGCGCUGGCCGACGGCCGCCGGCUGUCGAAAGAAUGACGGAACGUCGGAAUCGGCCGGCAAACGCACAGGCUAAGAAAAAACCAUGUAUUAAAUCAUUGCCUGACAUGCGGCCGAAAGGAAGGCGGUGA